GCUUGCCCAUCAGCACCAGUGGUAGUAGGACCACCAGGACAGCCAGGGCGAGAUGGACGGAGGGGAAAACAAGGACCGAAAGGAGGAUUAGGACCUGUGGGACCACAAGGACAAAAAGGUCCAACUGGAGAACCCGGACCUCAAGGUGCGCCAGGACGGCAAGGAGAAGUGGGAGCUCAAGGAGAUCAAGGUGAUAUAGGACUUCGGGGUCAAAGAGGACAGGAUAUGGGGAGAUGA